CGGCUUCAGCUGGUUACCGAGCUCGAGCUAGCUAGCUAUCAGCUGUUUGUGUGAGCUAGUGUGAGAAAAUGGCGAGCUACAGCGAUCAGCUGUUUUCGGGAAGCACUGGAACUAGCAGUAGCAGGAUGGGUGUAUAUAAAUUUUUAUCACCACUCACAGUCUUUCUUGCUGUAUUUUCACAGCGUUUUGAAUAUACUCAGGCACGAGAAUUCUGCCAAGUGGAAGGAUACUGGUGUGAGACAGGUCAUUGUUGUGGGAGCGGAGAAUGUUGUACAUAUUACUAUGAACUUUGGUGGUUCUGGCUUGUGUGGUUCCUGAUCGUCUUUAUCAUUGGGUUCUGUGUGUGGCAGAGGAAACGUUUCCAUCCAUGGAGGGACAACCGAUGCGAACGCACCUGCUCUAUUCAGGAUAUGUUCCUUGGCAGAGGCUAUAACUUUCCAGACGUUACUCCAGUACCUCCAUGUAAGCUACCAUCAUACUCAGAGAUUGGCGAAACGGUGUCAUACGAUACACCGCCCCCUCCUUACAAUGUGGAAGCUGCCAUACCAUGUCUCGGAGAGGGACCUAGCACUAGUCUUCCAGCAGGGGGUAAUCAUUGUCCCCCACCCCACCGUGGCCUCCAAGCAAUAACUCAGAGCCUCUCAUCCUUGAACAGUACUCCUACAUGUAGCCCCUCGGAUGCGCCGCCGAGUUACUCCCAAAUCAUUGGUAGUAGCACACCAGUCUUUGCUUCGAUGCCAAACACUCAGAUCUUGACACAGCCUAGACUUUCAACGGGAACUCAAUUUCCUGAACAAUUACAGCAGCAACUUCGGCAACAGCAGAAUGAGGAGCCCCAAAAUCAAAACAAUAGUGGGAGCAACACAACCCUCAACUCACCUUCCACCCCAGGAAGACCAUUGUCCACAACUGUAACACAGGUUUCAGGGGUAGUUGCAACAUGUGCAUGUGGGUCUCCACUGCGUUCUCCAGUAAUCACUCCUCAUUCUCGGAUGUUGCCACCACCUGUUCCUGCAUCACCAAAGACAACGGUGGUUUCCAUGGCUCAAAGGCCUCAGCAUUUUCUGAGUCCACAUGGCUCACCUCAACGCUUCACAACAGCAGUUGUCACAUCUUCAUCUCAAUCAUCAAGUUCCACUUCAAAUACAUGUAGACAAAAUUCAGUGUGUGUUGGACACUCACCUGCUGGUUCAGGAACACCGCUAUCACAUCCCGGGACAGCUGUUAGGUCAAGCUCUUUGGUGGACGAUAGUCAAGGGGAUGAUCCAAGCAAUGGACAUACUGUAGUUGACAUGAGAACUUCUUCUAGAAGGGGAUUGGGGUUCUUGUCAAGGUGGAGACAUCUGCGCUGAAGGAAUUCAGAGCAGUAAGGUUGGAUGAAAGAAUUCUGAUUAGCUUACCUUCUGUAUGCUCUAUGUGGAGUAAAAGUGAGCCGAAAUAAGAGCUGCUCCGUUUUAUGGAGCACGAGGCAUGGCUUAGAUAAUUCAUGGAAAUUCUGUCAUUUCUAUGUUGUCAUGGUGAUAGUGAUGAAUGUAAUGAAGGAGUAAUGCAUAUUUUGCAAGAUCAAUGCCAGCUGUGGUUAGCAUGGGGGCAAUUGCCCUAUGAGCUGUUGAUAAGUGCUGCAUAAUUAUUUUUUUUUGUCUCCUGAUUUAAUCAGUUAUGUGUUUGAAACAUCUCUUAAUAUAUUCCUAUACCUUACCGCUGUUCCUUCUCUUUGAAGAGGUUGGAUGUCAUGGAUAUUUUAUCUGUCUCUAUCCAGUGCUAUCUUGCAGCAUUCAUUUUUCUUUCUGCCUGUCAUCUCUUCAGUAUUCCACGCCAGCUUUUUCUUGAGAACUUCAAUUUCAAUAAAGGUAAACGUAUAUUCCCCUUGGCCCUAGUACUGUAUGAGUGAAUUGCACUAUUUGGUAAAAAAAUUAUUAAAAAUUGACGGUAAUAAACCUUUAAAAUAGGAAUACAUGCAUAUUGCUAAUUGCAAUUUAUUAAGCUGAAAUAUUGUUGAAUCAAAAUUCUUAAAAAGAGGAGUAUGUGAUGAUGGGCCACACGUAGCAUUUGGUGAGGCGUAAUCUUGUGUGACUGCUUAUAUUGCGGUUGGUGAGAAGUUUGCCAAAUUUUGAGAAAAUGGUCUUUGCAAGGCAGAUCCUUCUUGUAAUUUCUUGUUCACAUUUUCCAUCCUCUUUUGCUGACCCAGAUAUGUAAGACUUGACUUUUCCACCAUCUUUCCCUCUAUCACAAUAUCUGCUUUCGGUAUUUCUGUUUUCCUUGAGAUAACCAUUGUUAUUGUCUUGAUAUUUAUUUUUUAGGCCACAUUGUUCACUUUCAUCUUUAAUAUAAGUUACGAGUGACUGUAGAUAUUCCUAUGCAUAAUUUAAAGUUAGAGGCUUCUGUUACUUGUAACAGAGAAUUGUCCACCUUUGUGUUCUUGAUAACACAAUUUAUCUAAAGGCUUCAACUUCAUUUUGCAUCUUAGUUCAAUUUCAUGAAACAGUUAAACAGUACAUUGACUAGGUAUGGCAGACAGUAUUUGCUUCACAAUGAAUUUGAGAUGUUAUGCCUUGUCUUAAUUUUGAUGCGUCAUUUAUCUCUCUACAUCAUCUCUGCAAAAUACAAUUUAAGAAUGUUUCAACUUCUAUGUUGUGAGAAAGAAAGUCAACGAAUUUGCCCUUUGAGAUACUAGAUUUUUUUUUCUAGUUGUAUCCUCUGGUUUUUAUCAUUAGAACUAUCAUGUUUGAUAUGUGGGAUUUAAAUGACUAUACAGAGUGCUUGAAAAUACAUGUACUUGCCAUUGAAUUGUAAUAAAGUACAUGUGUUAGGAAGUCUAUUUGUACAUGUGGAUGUUAUUACCUCACUACCAUCUUUUGAUGAAAAUUUGAUUUAAAAAAAUGGUAUAUUUUUAAACUUUCUUCAUGUAUACCUCGUGAAAUAGCUCUCUUGGCUUUGAGCUUCUUAGUUAUGAUGUAAUUAAGUUAACAAGAUUUGUCAAUACAAUCUUUGUUGAUUCAAUUUUAUUUCCCAAAAUGUUGAGCAGAAUACAAAUGAUGGGCAUUAAUUAAAUUAGUCUCGUAGUACUAGUCUUUCAAAGUGUUUUGUCUAUUUUCCAGUGACCAAAAUGCAAGAAGUUGAAUGUGUGAUGUUUUCUCUUGAAUUGGCUAUGGAUUAGUUCCAACAAUAUGGUCCUUUUCUUGAAUAUUUUCUCUUACAUGAACAAAUUUCACGAUUGCUUACCAAGAUGUUUUAGACUCGCGUAUACAUGUAGAUGUUAAAAAGGUUGCUACAUGUAGUUGAUUUAACAAGAAGUGAAGUAUUUUUGAAAAAAAAAUACAUACGUGUAGUGUCUUGUUACUGACAAAAUCAAGCAUAUUAUCAUGUGUUCAAAACUUCAAAUACCAUGUUUAAUCUGUAUGAUUGUUUGAAUUAUGCCUUUUGUUGAUUCAAAUUUCAUCAAACUUCUGAAAAAAGAAAUUGAUGAAUAAUCUAAUGGAGUGUCGAGCAAUGAUAUUGAUAUUUCUGAAUAAAAAAUGUAUUCGAUAGUCAAAGUAUGCUCCAAAUCCAUUUGAUUUGAAAAUGGCUGAGAUUUGGCAAAGAAACAAAAAUGAACAUUUUGUAUCAUGUUAUUGUACAUACAUUGUAUAUGUACAUGAAAGUAGAUAUGAAUAUGAUACAUGUAACUGAAAUUGCAUUUCCUUUUUAAUACAUCAGGUUCAUACGUGUAUUGUCUGUAUAUCUAAAGGAAUGUAGAAAAUGUCUUUCUACUACAUUAGUAGUUAAUUUGUUGAUUGUGAUUGAUGGCAUCAUUCUUUUUUAUUAUGAAUGUGUUAGUAUUAAAUUGUACUCAUCUAAUGCCAUCUACAUGUCAUUUGAGGUGCUAGUUAUGCAAUGUUUUUUGUUGAGGAUGGGAUGUAGGUUUUGUUUGUAUUCGUUAUAGUAUUUGAUUAUGAUUGCAUUCCUUUUGAUGCGCCAACAGGUUUGGCCACAAAUGGAGCUUGAUAUAUCAAAUAUCUUUCUUUGUCUUGAUUGAUUAAAUAUGCACUAGAUGUGUAUUUUGUUUUCGAAUGAUGUAUAGGCCUAGACAAGUUCUACAUUAUUCAUGUUUAUUAUUUCAGUUUAGAACUUAAAGCUCAUAGGGUUUGUUUUAGCUUGUGUAGCAGUCCUCAGUAAUUACUCCUUCAUAAUUAAUCAAACGAGUCAUGGAAUUCAUGCAUGUAACAUGAAUUGUAAAGUGAUAUGUUAUCACAAAUUACAUUAUUGGUAUUUAAAAUUGUCAUGAAAUGAACUUUCACUAUUUUGAAACCAAAGAAAAUAUGUUAAAAAAAUAAAAAAUAUUCAAAGAAUUGUA